AUGGUGGCCAAACCUCUCUGGAUGUAAUCAGAUGGACUCAGAAUCCUUGGUGGUCUGUCUGAGAGGAAAGAGUGAAGAGGAGAUUCUGGCUAUCACCAAGGUCUUCAAAAUCAUGCCUGCUGUGGUGGAUGGGGUGUUCUUUCCCAGGCAUCCUGAGGAGCUGUUGGACUCUGCUGAUUUUCGACCUGUCCCCAGCAUCAUAGGUGUCAACAAUGAUGAGUAUGGCUGGGACAUCCCAACUUACCUGUGCAACAUUGAUACUGGGGAAAAGAUGGACAGAGAGACCAUUCAGGCUGUUCUACAGAGCACACCAACACAACUGAUGGUGCCUCCUGGUGUUGCUGACAUUCUGAUAGAGGAGUAUUUGGGAGACAGUGAAGAUCCUGAGAUUCUCCUAGCACAGUUCAAGGAGAUGAUGGAAGACUUUGUAUUUGUGGCCCCUGCCUUGCAAGUAGCACAUGUUCAGAGUCCUCUUGCCCCCGUCUACUUCUAUGAGUUCCAGCAUUCACCCAGCUUCUUAAAAGAUGUCAGACCACCUCAUGUGAAGGCUGACCAUGGUGAUGAGAUUUUCUUUGUCUUUGGAUCCUCCUACUGGGGCAGCAAAUUUGACUUUACUGAGGAGGAGGAGCUGCUGAGCAGGAGGAUAAUGAAGUACUGGACCAACUUUGCAAGACAUGGGAACCCCAACAGCAUGGACCUGCCCAACUGGCCUGUGUUUAACCAGGAUGAACAGUACCUGCAGCUAGACUUCCAGCCUAAUGUGGGAUAUGCUCUGAAGGCUAACAGGAUGCAGAUGUUUACCAAGACUCUUCCCCAGAAGAUCCAGCAGCUGAAGGAUGUUGAGAAGAAGCACACAGAGCUGUAG